GUGGCAUUUGGACCCUCGCCCUCGGAGGGAGACGCGUCCGCAUGGUCUUUGGCCGCAGACCGGUGGGCCCUCUUCGGGGGCUCCUUGCGUAGCCGCAGGUGACUGCACCCGCGCCCAGCAUGGAGGCCCCACCACCCCCACCGCCAGACCCCCAGUUUGUUCUCCGAGGCACCCAGUCAGCGGUGCAUGCACUGCAUUUCUAUGGAGGAGCCCAGGGGCAGGGGCGCCCACUUCUCCUCUCAGGGUCGCUGAGUGGGCUAGUGCACAUCUGGAGCCUGCAGACACGGAGAGCGGUCACCAUCCUGGACGGCCACAGGGGCCAGUGUGUGACCUGGCUGCAAACACUGCCCCAGGGACACCAGCUACUCAGUCAGGGCCGGGACCUGAAGCUGUGCCUGUGGGACCUGGCCGAGGGCAGAAACACUGUCAUGGACUCCGUGCACCUGGAGAGCGUGGGCUUCUGCAGGGGCUCCGUCCUGGCUGGGGGCCAGCAGCACUGGACACUGGCUGUGCCAGGCAGAGGCAGCGAUGAGGUUCAGAUUCUGGAGAUGCCAUCCAAGACGUCAGUGUGCACCCUGAAGCCGGAGGCAGAUGCCAAGCCAGGCAUGCCCAUGUGCCUGGAGCUGUGGCAGGCCGACUCCAGUCCCCGCCCGCUCCUUCUGGCCGGCUAUGAGGAUGGAUCGGUGGUCCUGUGGGACGUCUCUGAGCGGAAGGUGUGCAGCCGCAUCGCCUGCCACACAGAGCCUGUCAUAGGCCUUGACUUUGACUCCCAGAAAGCCAGGGGCGUCUCAGGCUCCGCAGAAAAGGCGCUGGCUGUCUGGAGCCUGGAUGAGCAGCAGGCCCUGCAGGUGUGUGGAACUCACAAACUCACCAAUCCUGGGAUCUCUGAUGUGAAGAUCCGGCCAGACCACAAGAUCCUGGCCACUGCAGGCUGGGACCAUCGUGUUCGUGUGUUUCACUGGAGGACAAUGAAGCCACUGGCUGUGCUGGCCUUCCAUAGUGCUGCCGUCCACUGCGUGGCCUUCGCCGCUGAUGGCUUGCUCGCCGCGGGGUCCAAGGAUCAGCGCAUCAGUGUCUGGUCGCUCUACCCACGAACAUGACUUGCCCACUCCCAAUUAAGGACACGCAGAUGGCCGGGAGGUGGCGCCUGAGCUUUGACCUGACCUGGGCACAUGGAAACCAUGCCUCAAGGCUCCCUGAGGAUGGUGAGUUGUGGGUCCUCCUCCUUCAAUUGUGAGAAGAGCUCGGUCCUUGGAGUCCUCGCUUUCUGCACAACAGUGACUCUGCAGUUUACCAAGAGCAACUGGGCCAGACAUCUGGUCAUGUAUAGCCCGGGUAAGAGGCCAACCUGGGGGUGCUUAACAGUAAACACAGUUGUAAACCUGUAGUCUCGAGGUAUGAAUUCUCUGAGGCAACCCCCCUGGGUCCCCCUCAGGAUCAGAGCCAAGAGUCAUCCAUGAGCCCUCCACUGGGCAGGGUGGUCAGCCCCCAUCCAACAGGGGACACUGAGCCUGGUCCACAGGUCCUGUCGACUCCAUGUGGCUCCUCACCCCAAGGACAGCCAGAAGCUCCUAACACACAGGGCUGAGGCCAGGACAGGAGAAGGAAGUGACUAACUCCAAGGUGAGUGAGACAGAAGGAGAGUACUGAGGAGGGACAGCACAGGCAACUGGGCAGAGACCCCAUGGUAUGGGGCCAGGCCAAAGGCAAGAUUAGUGGGAGGAAGGUCCACCUUAAAGAGAACAAGACCAGGGAUGGCAAGGGGCCACGUCCCGGGU